AUGAAAGGAUUUUUUACUAAUCUUCUUGCCCAGAUCAAUUGCUCAAACUGUUCAUGAAACAUGCGAGAAAACGAAGGAAGAGUUGAAUUUAAUUUAAAAGAAGUCUCUCAUUCUCAUAAUACCUCAAAAGAGCUCAUCAGUGAGCCACCUGUUGUUGAGCUUGGCUCCAGACUGACCCGAGAAAGUCAUUUUCAACAACAGCAGCCUCCCAUUCCUGUAUAUAGAGAAAAUUUAAAGCUCAUAGUCCCUAAAGUCAUUAGGAUCCAGUCUUAUUGACGUGGCCACCAAACCAGGAAACUAUACUCACAUAUCAUAAAAUCAAAUAAGCAAAGAAAAUAUCUUCCAAACUCAGAAAAGGAAAAUUUUGGAUUAAAAAGGAAUUCAAUUGAAAAAGAGAGACAGUCAUACGCAAAUAAAUCAGGGCCAACUUAUGUAGGCGAUUACCAAGGAAAUGAUAGAGAAGGAUACGGAGUCCAGACAUGGCCUGAUGGAGCAAAAUAUGAAGGUCAAUGAAAAGGGAACAAAGCAAAUGGGCAUGGAAAAUUUUGGCAUAUUGAUGGAGAUAUGUUCGAAGGAAACUGAAUUGACGAGAAAGCUCAUGGAAAAGGUGUAUAUACCCAUACUAAUGGAGCUGUUUAUGAAGGAGACUGAAGAAAUGAUAUCCAAGAAGGCUUUGGGGUGGAAAUUUGGGCUGAUGGCAGCAAGUAUCAAGGAUUUUAUAAGAAUGGGAAAAAGCAUGGUUUUGGAAUUUAUCAUUGGAGUGAUGGAAGUAUUUAUGUAGGAAAUUGGGUCGACAAUAGAAUAAAUGGAAGAGGUGUGUACACUUGACUGGAUGGCAGAAGAUAUGAAGGGGAAUGGCUAAAUAACAAUAUGCAUGGGCAUGGGGUUUAUUCGUGGAAGGAUGGGAGAAAGUAUGAUGGAGAGUAUUUAUUUGAUAAAAAGCAUGGAUAUGGAAUCUAUACUUGGGCUGAUGGAAAAAAGUAUGUAGGAAGCUGGAGAAAUGGGAAACAACAUGGAGAAGGAAUGCAUUUAUUUGAAAAUGGGGAAACUAGAAAAGGUAUUUGGCAAGAUGGAAAUAGAGUUAAAUGGAUUGAUUAA